AUGCCUUUCUCUUUGUCUGGCGGUUCCAUUUUCCCGGGACACCUCCGCCCCAAUCGCCCCCCUACCGGAUCGGAUACCCCCGUGGUUGGUGACGGGCCCGACCCAGUUGGGCAAACCUGGAUGCGGCUUUGGCCCAUCCGUUUGUUCCUCUGCGUUGUCUGGGUUCUUGCGGCGCUGUGGGCGGUGUUCGUCGGCUCUGUGAAGAAGACGAGGUUGUUGGGGGCUGCAAUCUCGUCUCGGAUCAGACUGAUGGAUGCCAACCCUGCAGCAGCAGGCGGGAUUGACGAGCUGCGUCAGCGGCUCAGAUAUAUCGUCGCCGUUGGUCUCAUCACGUCUGCCUUUUGCGCCGUUGCCGUGGCAAGAGUGCUGCCGGAGGAACGCAGCGUGAUAUCUUAUCGCGUUGUCAUGAGCCUGACAUGCUUCUCUUCGUUCUCGGCGUUGGUUGGCGUUCUUGCGAUUAUCUGUCCGAGACUUGGCAUUGUGGUUACUCGUUAG